CACUUCCGGUGCCCUUUCUCCCGCGAGCACCUGGGGCCCGGACCCUCGUGUGCGAGCCCUAAGCUGGAGCGCCGCAGAGGCGGGCUGGCACCCCUUUGUGACCGCUGGUGCCGCCGGCCUCAGGAUCGGACAUGGCCCAGAACCUGAAGGACUUAGCGGGAAGGCUGCCCUCCGGGCCCCGGGGCAUGGGCACAGCGCUGAAGCUGCUGCUGGGGGCCGGCGCCGUGGCCUACGGCGUCCGCGAGUCCGUGUUCACCGUGGAAGGCGGGCACAGAGCCAUUUUCUUUAAUCGGAUCGGAGGCGUGCAGCAGGACACCAUUCUGGCCGAGGGCCUUCACUUCAGGAUCCCCUGGUUCCAAUACCCCAUCAUCUAUGACAUUCGGGCCAGACCCCGAAAAAUUUCCUCCCCCACAGGCUCCAAAGACCUGCAGAUGGUGAACAUCUCGCUGCGGGUACUGUCCCGACCCAACGCCAUGGAGCUCCCCAGCAUGUACCAGCGCCUGGGGCUGGAUUACGAGGAGCGCGUGUUGCCGUCCAUUGUCAACGAGGUGCUCAAGAGUGUGGUGGCCAAGUUCAACGCCUCCCAGCUGAUCACCCAGCGGGCCCAGGUAUCCUUGUUGAUCCGACGGGAGCUGACAGAGAGGGCCAAGGACUUCAGCCUCAUACUGGAUGAUGUAGCCAUCACAGAGCUGAGCUUUAGCCGAGAGUACACGGCUGCUGUAGAAGCCAAACAAGUGGCCCAGCAGGAGGCCCAGCGGGCCCAGUUCUUGGUGGAAAAAGCAAAGCAGGAACAGCGGCAGAAGAUCGUCCAGGCAGAGGGUGAGGCCGAGGCCGCCAGGAUGCUCGGAGAAGCUCUGAGCAAGAACCCUGGCUACAUCAAGCUGCGGAAGAUCCGGGCAGCCCAGAACAUCUCCAAGACGAUCGCCACAUCACAGAACCGUAUCUAUCUCACUGCUGACAACCUUGUGCUGAACCUGCAGGAUGAGAGUUUCACCCGGUGAGAGACACGGCCUUCACGUGGGAUGUCACAGAGACCCAGGGCAGGGGCUGGUCACCUGGGCUCUAGAGCUUCUACCAGCUUACUCGUGUGACCCUUGAAAGACACCAUUUCUCUGAACCAAAGUUGGAAAAGUGGGUGGUUGACAAUUCCUAACUUGAAUCUCACAGGAUUGAUUUUAUGAGAUCAUAUAGGGUUAUUCAUGUAGAAAGCAUUUUAACUGUAAAGUUUUGUUUCACUGAAAAGUGGUAAAAGAUAACAUUUAGCAUUGUUUCUUGGGGACUGCUCUGGGGCAUGGGAGGAUGCUAGCAGAGAAGAGGUGGGAAGUGGCAGUGGCCAAGGGAACAAGUCUCUUCUUCCCAGAGCCCGGGGUUCCUCGCUUCCAACGUGCUUGUCUUUUUCUCUUGGGAGCGAAGGAGGGUUUAGAGUUGGGUGGCGCCUGAAACUGUCAAGUCACACAUACCUUUCUUUUCUCUCUCUGUCUUCCUUGUUCAUCUGGUGACCUGGCAUCCACAGAGGAAGGUAAGCUUUUGAUGCAUCCUUGUUUCUGUGGGGUCUUGCAGCCCAUCUCCCAGUACCUGCCUCCUCCCCCAUCACCUCACCUUUCUCACCUCCCCCCACACACACCCUGGGUCAGGGAGGAGGAAGUGGCCUGAGGCUCUCUGCUUCUCACAAAGGUCCUUUAAUGUCACCAUCUGUCUGUUUCCACAGUGACAGCCUCAUCAAGGGUAAGAAAUGAGCCUGGUGACGAGGAACUCCGCCCCCAGGGAAGAAGUGGAUCUGUUCCUCCCCUGGUUUUUGAGGAGCCAGCUUGGGGUCCAGCACACCCCCGCCCUGCCCCCAGUAUCAUGUGAUGGUCCCUUCCACAUCUGUCCUCCCAGCCCUUCUUGGAUGAACAAAGACUGACCGUUUGCAGGGGAAUGACUUUCCGCCCUGUGUCAGGACAGUGUGUGGUUUCUCAGUGAUUUCCUGGGGUUGGUUCCUCCCUCUCUGUCGGGAGGCAAUAACCACCACCCUGGGAAUUCCCAAUAAAUUUUUAUUACUUAAGCAAAA